UCCCACUCCCCAGGCCUCGACGACGCUCUCUUGGUUUCCACAUCGCUCCACCGUGACUGUCUCGCCCGUCGUACGGUCGCGUACAAAUCGCUGCGAGCCUCGGGAUCGCCGCAAUGGCCCGCCGCACUAGGGCUGUUUGCUCGCGGAUACUCGCGAUUGUCCUUCCGUGUCUUGCGACGGUCGUCGUCGCUCUCCUGCCGCGCGUCGUCCAGUCCAUCGCUCUCGCCGACUCCCAAGCGGCGGCGCUGCUGGAGUGCGCGUCGGAGUGGGGGAUGAGCGCGAUGGGGUGGGCGCAAGGCGCGGAGUGCGCGCAGGCGCAGGCGAUCACAUGCGACCGGGACGGCAUGGUGACGUCACUGGACGUGCACUCAUCAGGCCUCAACGGCUCCAUUCCCCUCGCCCUCACCCGCCUCUCGCGCCUCCACACGCUCGAUCUGCAGUUCAACGAUCUGUGGGGCCCUGUGCCGCCCGCCCUCUCCACCCUCGCCCGCCUGCACACGCUGGACCUAAACCGCAACAACUUCACGGGCCCUAUUUUCAACGUCGUGUCCAACAUGCCAUCGCUAGUCGACCUCAAGCUCUACCACAACCGUUUCACAGGGCCCAUCCCGCCCGCCAUCUCGCGCCUGCACCGACUAACCCACCUCGAUAUCGACUCCAACAACUUCCAAGGGCCGCUGCCACCCGCCUUCGGCCGUCUCAAAGCACUGUCUUACCUCUACGCAUCCGCCAACACCAUCACAGGCAGCAUCCCCACGGCCCUCGCUGCCCUCCCCCGCCUCAAGUUCCUGUCUCUGAGUCAGAACCCCAUCACGGGCUCUCUGCCUGACGCCCUCUCCCGCCUCACCGCCCUCGAACACCUCACGCUCAGCGAAACCAGCAUCACGGGUCAGCUGCCACGCUCCCUCUCCGCCCUCACCCGCCUCACCACCCUUGACUUGCUCAACAUGAAGCUUCAAGGAAGCAUCCCCGCCACUUUUGGAGCCCUCACUAACCUUGUGUCCUUAUACUUUUCCGGCGCAACCUGUCCACUCGAGGGCAGCUGUGAAAUUAAUCAGAACCGUUCAUCUGUGUUCUGCAGAAUCUGCUCAACCUUCUGCUCCUCAUGCAUCCCAAUCAAUGCAGUGGGGGCGCUGCUGCUGCUGCUGGCGGCGGUGGUGGGGGGGUGGGGGGUGUGGAGGUGGAGGAAGGGGAGGCAGAGAGGGGGAGAGGAUGCAGGUGCGCCCAUGCUCAAGCCCCCUCCGUGCCCUCGCAUACCCCUUGCUGACGUCAUCCGGGCCACCAAUGGGUGGGCAGAGGGGCGGAGGGUGGGGGGAGGCAGAGGGAAGGAGGGGAGGGAGGAGCAGGAGGGGAGGGAGGAGCAGGUGGUGGUGUACGAGUGGAUGGAGCACGGCAGCCUUGAGACGAUGCUGCAGUCGCCAGGCGCCAGCCCCCUGUCGCUGCGGCAGCGCGUGGACAUCCUUGUGGGCGUGCUGAGGGCGCUCAAGGCGGUGCAGAGCCACGGGCUGGUGCACGGCGACCUCAAGCCCAGCAACGUGCUGCUGGGGGCCGCCUACGAGCCCCGAGUGGGCGACUGGAGCCUGGUGCGCAUGGGGCAGCGCGUGCACGUAGACAUGGGGGGGAGAGGGGGGCGGGGAGCCGGGGAGGACAUGGGGGAGGGGGGCGCAGCGGAGGCGGGGGAAGGAUUGGGAGGGCAGCAGGAAGGAUCCCUGACAGGCGGGAUCAGGGAAGACAGCGAGGGGGGGAGCAGGGGUGGCAGCAGUAGCAGCAGUGGGCAUUGGACCGAGAGAAGCAGGAAUGGUGUCAGCGCUGGUGGCGUGGGGCAGGCGAGUGUGCUGCGGUGCACGGAGGGGCAUGUGGAUCCCAUGGUGCUGCAGAGCGGCCUUGCCACCGCCACAGCUGACAUGUACAGUGUGGGCGUGGUACUGCUGCAGCUGCUCACGGGGUGGGCUGCUCCGUUCAAGCUACUGGAUGGGCAGCGCACGCACAUUUGUGACUGGGUGAGUCCGGGCACGGCAUGACAUGGCCCAGCAGCAUGUGACAGCAGGCGACGUCUCUCCUCUCCUCGACCCACUCCUGCCGCACCCUGCACCCCCUCCCUCCCUCCCCCUCUCCCUCUUCCACCUCGCUCUCUCCUGCGCCUCCCCCUUCCCCUCCUCCCGCCCCACGCCCUCCUCUGCCCUGCUCGCCCUCAAGCCCCUCCGCGCCUCGCUCCAGGGAGGGCGGACAGGCACAGGGGAGG